UCUCUAGCAAACCUGAUCCAUCCCCGCUCGCUCUUGCCCGAUGGCGCUGCCGAACCAAGCCCCGGCGAAGAGCAGGAACCCGAGGCGGCAGCUCAUUGUGGAAACUGAAGAAUUAGCGCUUCUUAACCAAUCACUCUGAAGCUUUGAUUCUUCCCUGGGGCCUCUCAAGUUUUCUUCUUUGGAUAAUUUCUUCCUGCAAGGUUUGGUCUUUUUUCUGGUUCUGCCAUGACGACCUCCGCCUUGCGUCGACAGGUGAAAAACAUUGUGCACAAUUAUUCUGAAGCAGAAAUCAAGGUGCGUGAGGCCACCUCCAAUGACCCCUGGGGACCCCCCAGCUCUUUAAUGUCUGAGAUUGCUGACCUGACCUUCAACACAGUGGCUUUUGCAGAAGUCAUGGGUAUGAUCUGGAGACGGCUGAAUGACAGUGGCAAGAACUGGCGUCAUGUCUACAAGGCCCUGACUCUUCUGGACUACCUCAUUAAAACAGGCUCAGAGAAGGUGGCUCAUCAGUGCCGGGAGAAUCUGUAUACCAUUCAGACUUUAAAGGAGUUCCAGUACAUAGACCGUGAUGGCAAAGAUCAAGGCAUCAAUGUUCGUGAAAAGGUGAAGCAGGUGAUGAGCCUGUUGAAGGAUGAAGACAGACUGAAGCAGGAAAGAGCCUACGCCUUGAAAACCAAAGAGCGGAUGUCCAUUGAAGGGAUGGGUAUUAGCAGCAGCAAUAGCAACAGCCACCAGCUUGCCUAUGGACGGCGGGCAUCACAGUAUGGCGAUGACUACAGCAGAUCAAGAGGUUCUCCAUCCUCCUUUAAUUGUGAGUACUGCAACGCUUCUUCAUCAUCACCUCGGUUCAACUCUGACCUGGAGCAGGCAAGGCCACAGACUACCGGUGAAGAAGAGCUCCAGCUUCAGCUUGCCCUGGCAAUGAGUCGAGAAGAAGCAGAAAAGCAGCCACUUCCUCCAGUCUCCAGCACAGAUGAAGAUUUGCAAUUACAGAUAGCGCUUACCCUGAGCAAACAAGAGCAUGAGAAGGAAGUUAGGGCAUGGAAAGGAGAAAAUUCACUACUACAAAAGGCACUGGAAGAAAGUAACCUGGGUGUUGAGGAAGUUGAAGAAGAUGAUAAGGGAAAGAAAACACAGUCUUCUGUGUUGGAGCUGGCAGACAUUUUUGGAUCAGCACCAGUCACCUCUACCCAUACUUCUGCUGACCCAUGGGAUAUUCCAGGUGGGGGCACUGUUCGAUCUGUUGACACAGACUUCUCUCCUCCAGCUCUAUCCUUGUCCAGUUCUUGGGACCACAAUAAUAACAAAUCUCCUGUAGAAUCAGCAGGAACAUCCUGGGGUCCUGCUGCAGACCCUUGGGUGCCAUUACCUUCGGAGGAUCCUCUGACUCAGUCUUCUGCCAGUCAAGCUUCUUCCAGCCCCUGGAAUCUUCCUCUUGUCUCUUCUGCCUCUGAUCCAUGGGGGAUAAAAUCAUUGCCUUCAGGUGUCUCAUCGACAGACCCCUGGGGAAAACAAUCACCACCUGCUCCACUCUCUGCAAAUGUCACUUCUGCUGCUGAUCCUUGGGGAGGUUCUACUGAUAAUUCCUCUGCCCCUGACAAUAGUACAUUUGACUUAUUUGCAAAAUUACCUGAAUCUGUGGACCAACCAGAACAUGAAAGUUCUCAGGCUCCAUCAUCUGUGAAAGCCAACAGUUCUGGAGAUGUGGGUCUGUUUGGUGACCUUAUUCCAAGCACCGCCGAGAAUGGAAUUCAAAAUAAAGAUAUUUUUGAUAUUGCAAGUUUAGGAGAUUCUUUACCUGAUUCAAAGGAGAAGGACAACAAAACACCAGAGACCUUUCUUGGCCCCAACGCCUCUUCCUUGGUUAACUUGGAUUCCUUGGUUACAGCCCCCCAGAGCAUGAAGUCACGUAAUCCAUUUCUGGCAGGACUUAGUGCCCCUUCACCUACCAAUCCGUUUAACGUUGAUCAGCCCAAACCAACUCUCAAUCAGAUGCGGACCAACUCCCCAGUGCCUAGUGUUCCUAUGGGGAUGCCAAUGAACUCUAUGACCUACAGUGCUUCUCUCCCUCUUCCACUCAGUAGCAUCCCCUCAACGAUGACUCUCCCAGCCUCUGUGAGUGCCUUCCCUCAGGCUGGAGCAGGGCCUUUCCCAGAGCUACCUAGCAACUUGCCUCAACCUCUCCUACCACUCUCUGGCUCGAUCCCACCACCAUUAGCUUCACAAAGCGGUAUGAACCCUUUUCUCUGAGAAGACUUGAUUGGUAACAUAUGAUGUACCCCUUACUUCUUUACCAACCAUUAUGGAGGAUCUCCCAUGCAAAGCACAUUUGUUUUGAAGCAAGCAUCUCCCUGGAAGUUCUGAUCAAAGAGACUCUGCAUGAAUCUCCUUGCUCAAUGAGAUAUUGUACAAAAAAACAACAACUGUCCCAUCAGGUUGAACAUUGCUAUAGUCUGCUGCUGAUGGCAGUUGGGACCUCAGCUGACAUCGUUUUGAUGGAUUAAAAAGGAGGUUGGAGGGCAGUUCUGCAGAAGGGCAUUUCUUUUUCUAAGGAUCUUUGCUCUCCUGCCUUUAUGUUGGCACAAACAGUGACUAACAAACAAAACAAACAAAACAAAAACUCAAGAUUACUUCUUCAAUGUGAAGGAAAGAAAUUAUUUUAUAGUUUGCAUGGAAAUACACAAAUAAUUGCCAAGGCUUACAGCUCUACUUCCUGCAUGGCAGGGGCACAGUCUCAUUCCUGGGAAUCUUGACAGCUCAGCAAAUUUUGCAAUGCCAUAUGCAAGGGGAGAAGAUCUGAUUUUUUAUUUUUUGCUACAGUCACUUUUACUGGAUUGCCUAAAGGUAACCUCUUCUGUUUCCUGCUAUUUCCACUCAGUCACAUUUUCAGCAAUGGUCUUUUAGUUUGCUUGUGAGCUUUGGAUACUCUGAGAUUCAGCGAGGGACCAGUAUGAAGGUAGGAGCUACAUAGAAGGAAAUAAUAUUUUUUUAAAAAAAGGGCAAUCAAACUCAAUGCCUGCACUGUGUGGAUACAGUGGCAAGAAUGCUGAUCCAUGAAAGGGAUGGAGAAUAGAGUUAUAAACUCCAAUUCUCUAGAAAUAUCUGACCAAACUCUGGCUUCUAAAUCAAAUGUCUCAAAAAAAAAGAAAGAAAGAAAAGAGAAGAAAAGAAAAGAAAAGAAAAGAAAAAAAAAAGAAAAAAAACCAGGUCCCAAUCCCAGGCAUUCCAAAUUCUGAAGAUGCUGCCACACUUUACGUUAAGAGCUUCUUCCUGUUCCUAUUUGCUACUCUACUACUGUUGUAUUAAAUAUAUCACUGCUGUUCUGCUUCUGAUAGCUUUGAUCCAAAGACUUUACUUUGUCAACUUCUCCAUAUUUAUAGAGCAACACGAUGGAUGUUCUGAUUUUCGCUUUGGAUGGUCCCUUAGUUACAUAUCUGAUCACAUAGACUUUUGUUUUCUUAGUGCCUGCCUCUCAGUCUCAAAUCCAGUCUGCAAGACGGUGGAGCUCAGCAACAUCAAACCCAGUCCAGAACACUUGAAUGAACUUUGUGAAGUGCAUGAGAAAGCUUGGACUAUCUUGCAUGGUGGCAAAGGGCUUUGUUAAAUGUGUUUGGGAACUCUAUCCAUGAGAACCUUAAUAUUGGGCUUGAUGGCCUAGAUGCCUUUCAUUCAAGCUUAGAGUUGCUUUGAAAACAUUGAUAUUUGUAAGCUUCUUUCAGUGAACCUCUCCCACGCCCAGGGUCCUCCUAGGGUUAUUAUUGAAUGAAUGUGGUAUAAACCAGAAUGCUAGAAUACUGGUGGUACAGCAUAAGCAUCCCAGAUACCAGCUGUGUCUUAAUUGACAAUUUCACUCAGCAUGCCAAUACAAGUUACAUCUGCAGGGUAUGAUGACUGUGGAGCACUGAUUCAGCUGCAAUGGGAGAGAAAUCAGGGCCACCCAUGGAGAGCAAUGCAGGACAAUCACUGGGGCUUUUUAGCCUGUAUGUAAACACAAUGCAAUCAUACCAAUACAGAUUUUCAACCUAUAUAAAAUAAUGGGGGUGAUGAGAGAGUAAGAGGCCAAUAAAAUGCUCAAAUGUACUUGGUAAUUUAGAAUGUUUUAUAUGCUCCUUUUAAGUGUUUAGUUAUAAGCAAGGGGAGGGAGCGCGAAUGAGACUGCAAGAGUAAGCACGAAUGUAUACAAAACAUCAAUCCCCUCCCCCAUUUUACUUCUUUUAUUACUACAUAUUGCUCUGAUUGGAACAGACUUUUGUGCUAUCUUUGAUCAUUGUGUAUUCUGAAUUAAAGUUAAGAAUUUUUGUUUCCAUGCUCAAGGAGUAGAGGUUUUUCAUCCUGUUUGGCCAGUCCUAAAUGAUAAUUGAGAGGACAGAAAUUUUGGGGCUAGUGGGAGAUGAAAAACAUUCAGUAUAAACGCCACCAAUGCAGUAACAUUUUAAGAUAGCCACAGGAAUGUCAAAAUGACAUGUGUUAAGUGAAUCUGGCUUCCCCAUUGACUUCGCUUGUCAGAAAGUAGCAAAAGGUGUUGACAUGAUCUGGGGACACUGCAACCAUCAUAAAUAUGAAACAGUUGCCAAGCAUCCAAAUUUUGGUCACGUGACCAUGAGGAUGCUGCAAUGGUCGUAAGUGUGAAAAAUGGCCAUAAGUCACUUUUUUCAGUGAUGUUGUAACUUCAAACUGUCACUAAAUGAACAGUUGUAAGUUGAGGACUACCUGUACUGUGUUUGAUUCUGUCGUGCUACAUAUUCAAGUAAUUCCAUGGGAAUUAGCCCAUGGCCAUGUGUGAAGAUGGCCUUCAUUUACUUGGAGGUUAUUGCUGAAAUAUUUUUAGUCAUCACCAUUUAAAGAACUACCACUUUUAACAUAGGCUUGCAGUAUUCCAGACUACAGAGAUAAUUCUGGUUUAUCCUGUUAGAACAAUAGCAAUUAACAUUUUUACUAUAAAGAGAAAUUUCUCCCUACAUUAACUAUUGUUUCUAGUAGCCUCAACCUUGAAUGGCGAAUUGCAAAGAAUAUUUGGCAGUAUCAGACAGGCCACAGGUUCUCUUCUCUAUGUUAGAUAUGAACAUUAUUAGGCUAUUUAAGGAUAGCUAAAAUUGCUGGAUGUCUUGCCAAAUUGCUAGCCAUAACAUAUGCAAGAUUAAUCAAUCAUUAAGAAUAUAAAUAAUUUAUGAACAUAUAUGUUUAAGACUUUAAUAAUUAUGUCAUAGCUAAUCUCACCUCAGAUGGUAUUGUAAAUAACUGCUUUUACCAAGAAAAAAAAUCACCUAUCCUGCAAGUCUAAUAACAUGUAUGUUAUUAAGCUUGCCAGUGCUAUAGAAAUAAUUUGUUUUUCCAGUUCCCUAUCUAAUUGAGAACAAAUUUAUUGCUUGAUAAUGAAUUUUGAUAGAACAGACAUUUUUGUUGAUAAUCAAUCAUGACUAUUAUAUCCAGGUAGCUGUUUGUGGGAGAAUUUGUUUCUUCUACUCAUAUGCCCUUUAUUUUCAAAGUAACCUUUUAAUUUGGUAUAGUUUCUGGUCCACUUCAGAUGUUGAGCAUCCCAUUUCCUUUUUAAGUCAUUCAUCUGUGUGAGAGUACAAAUGACCGAAUACUGACAUGGCCUAUUUGCCUAUUUAUUUUUGCAUUCUCACAUUAUAUUAGAAAGAUAUUUUCCAUAACACCUUGCAAAGGCAUCUAUCCACUUUGUAAACUAGGGUCUGGAUUCCACUUAGAUUUACAUUUGAUAUGAAUUUGAUAAGCCCAAAUGAACAAACGAAUAUAUAAUUUAUAUUUUACAGUUGAGUAAAAUAUAGUCACUGCAUAAAACAUGAGUAAGGUGUAGGUGUGUGUGUGUGAAAGAGUGUAUUCGGUUCAGUGAACUAGUUCAUUCUUUAUAAUGCUUUGUGACAAUAUUUCUCAGAUUGGCUCUUUGUUAAAGUUUUUAUCACAAAUGUUAUUCAAUGAGUGCUAUUUUUCAGUGAAAUUUCAAUUUCAGUCAAUAGUGGUUUGCAAAGAGCCAAAUAAAAUCUCUCUCCCUCUC